AUGCCCGACGGCAGCGAAAUCUCCGAGAAACGCUUCCGAUGCUUUUGCGGAAUUUGCCACGUGGUGACUGGCACCCAAUUGUGCCUUAUUUGGUAUAUCGCCGUUUCGGGAGUUUCGCUAACAUUUGGAAUGCGAUCGACAUGCACAUGGCUGAUUGUGCCAAUUUGCGUUGUCGGUUUGGGCGUUUACGCGUUCAUUUCAAAACGCCAUAAAUUCCUUUAUCCGUUCCUCAUCAUCACGGUUGUCCAACAAUUAGUUUGUAUGCUUAUGGCCACUAUUAUCACAAUAUUCUCCAUCUACGGCUUUGAUACAAUGCGGCAAAUUAUAGGUCAUACGUUGGACAUGGACCAUAUUCCGUCCAAAUCGCUCUCGUUAUUUGUCAUUUGCGGUACGGUCUCGGCUUGCAUUGUUCUCUCAUUCAUCCAUGUUUGGCAGGCGAUUAUCAUUUAUGCUUGCCUGGAAUAUUAUGAGAAUGAAUACCGAAAAUUGGACGAGAAUUGCUGUUUCGACACUCCAUCCCACGUUGAGCCGACGACGGCUGAAAUGAAUGACAGCCGACGAACAUCCGAUCAGCCUCGACGAUUUCCAUUGUAA